GGAUUUUUUCGAAGUUGUGCUCGUGGACGAACAGUGUUGCGGAACGUGUGCAGACACACCUAGGUCGCUGCUAUUCAAAAUGUCGUCGAUGAUUACAACUACGACAUGGGUACCGCGUGGCUUUGCGGCACCAUUCCCGACAAAGUACAACUUCGACGAGGAGGAAUUUGAGCGUAUCGCAAACCUAGCGAAACUGCAACUCGACGACGCCAAGGAAGACCUAGAGGAGGCCGAGGAGAACGAGGCAAAGCGGGAAGAGAGUCCAAAAAAGGAAGAGAAGGAAAAGUCGACAAUAAAAGAUAGGGAUGCUUCAGACAUCGAGAUUGACGAUGAUCUGAAGGAGUAUGAUCUCGAGCACUAUGACGACGACGACGAACAAGGCGAGGGGCAAUCCAUGGCCAUGUUUGGGAAUGUCAAGUCACUGGCCUACUACGAAUCCAACAAGGACGAUCCGUACAUCACCCUCAAAGACGACGCCGAAGACGAAGAGGAGGAUCGUGAGGACUUGCAGAUUCUCGCAACAGACAACCUAUUGUUGGCCGCUAAGGUCGAGGACGAGCUCGCUCACUUGGAGGUUUAUGUUUACGAAGACGAGGCCGACAACCUUUACGUUCACCACGAUAUCAUGCUGCCCGCAAUACCUCUGUGCGUUGAGUGGCUGGAUAUCCCCGUUAGCAAGCCGGGCGUCGAGAAGGACUCGGUGGCAAACUUCGUCGCCAUUGGCACCUUCGACCCAGAUAUUGAGAUCUGGGACUUGGAUACUGUGGACUGCAUGUAUCCCAACGCGAUCUUGGGGCAAGGGGGUAACCCUGAGGAAGAAAAGAAAAAGAAGAAAAAGAAAAAGAAGUCGAAGAAGGCAAAUGACGAAUACCAUGUCGACGCCGUCUUGGCGCUCGCCGCAAACAGGAAACACCGGAAUCUCCUGGCCUCGGCUUCAGCAGACAAGACAGUCAAGCUAUGGGACCUUCACACGACGAAGUGCGCCAAGUCAUACAGCUACCAUACCGACAAGGUCUGCUCGCUUGCCUGGCAUUCGGUGGAGUCUACGGUUUUGCUCAGCGGCAGCUACGACCGCACCGCUGCCAUCGCCGAUAUGCGUGCGCCAGGCGAGCAGCCCAUGAGGGUGGGUGUGGAGAGCGACAUUGAGAACGUGAGGUGGGACCCCCACGACCCGAACUUCUUCUUCGUCUCGACCGAACGGGGCAUCAUCCACUACUUUGAUGUGCGGAACGCGCCCAAGGACCCUGCAGCUGCCAAGUCCGUCUGGAAGCUGCAAGCCCACGAUGAGUCUGUGUCUUCGUUCGACCUGAACCCCGUGAUCCCUGGGUUCAUGGCCACCGGGUCUACGGACAGGACUGUUAAGUUGUGGAACAUCAGUCCCGAGGGUCCUUCGUUGGUCGUCUCCCGCGACUUCGACGUAGGCAAGGUCUUCUCUACAACCUUUGGCCCCGACAAGGAAGUUGCUUUCAGGCUUGCGGUUGCCGGGAGCAAGGGAACCGUGUCUAUCUGGGACACGAGCACAAACCCGGGUGUCCGCAAAGCCUUCGGUCAGAGGGUGCCAAGCAAGCCGGAAGGCCAGGAUGAGGUUGAAGAUCGCCUGGUUGGUGUGGAGGAUGAUGAAAGUAGCAGCAGUGAAGAGGAGGAGGAGGAGGAGGAUGAAGAUGAGAGCGGUGCUGCGCUGAGCCAUGAUGGGGACUCCAUGGAUGAAGACGAGGAUUAAGUUCAUUGUUGUGAUGUUGAUGAUAUGAUUUGUCGGUCGGUCUGGCCGGUAUGUAGUCAGUAUAGGCUGCAGUACUGUGAUACUCAAGAGCCAUCGAUGAGCAUACGAUGCAUCUACAUAGUUCCAUUGGAUUUCAACCCCAGCUUUGCUUGUCAUGAGCCGAUCGAUGGGCAGGCAGUUGCAUCCGCAAGGUAUACGUCAAGGCACAGGUUCGUGCUGUGCCGAAGCAGGAUUCAUAGCUUGGUGACAAUUUCUGGCACAGUGUAUGCUUCGCAUGGCACAACCCUCCGUUGCUCCAUUUCGGAUCAACAUCAGACUCAGUCCAUGCGUUAGGCGACGAUCAUUAAAGUCCCGCCCGGUGUCAGAAGUUCUGGCC